AUGGGACCUAUGUUGCCACGUCAACAUUUAACGGACUUGUUAACAAGUAUUUAUCGGGUGAGUGCUAAUGGCUGGGAUGCUAAUGUUUUUUCUAGUGGCUCUUGUCACAAACUGUGGAAGGGCAUCUCUAGUGGUUAUCCUGCGUUUCUUCAAGGCUGUGAGUUUGUGGUGGGUGGAGGAGAUAGGGUGAGAUUUUGGGAGGAUGAUUGGUGUAGGGGAGGUGUGCUCAAAGAGGUUUUCCCCGGACUCUUCAUUCUGUCCAAGGAGUUCCCUCCUUAUCCUCAAAUUGGAAGGCUAAGAACCCCCCAAAGAGGCAUUGCCCCUUUAUGUGCUUAUCCCCUCACUGGUGCACUCUUUGCAAUAUGGACAGGGAAAGCGCGGAUCAUCUGUUCAUUCACUGUCCCUACUCCUUAA